ACAACUAUUCGACUGCAUCUUUACCUUGGCACACGGCUAUUGUAGCCAUCACGGAUCUGAAUAGGGAUCAGGACCAAACAACCCACUGCCGCCACUCGUCCUCUUGGCCUCCCAAGGCUGACACCACUCGCGGACGCCUUCAGCAUGAAGAACACGGCGGCACUCGACAUGGUGGACGCCAAUGUCCUGCUCGAUAAGAAACGCGUUAUGGCUAUGACGAGACUGACCAGUGCCUGAAACAACAGCGACAUGCAGGACCGCAAAUUCCAUGUCAUCAGCCUUCGACGUAUCCACAAUGUCACACAUAGGCAGCAGCGACACUCUGUACCCGAGUCCUCUCAGUUCGAGGCGCGUCACCGCCUCCCCACAACCCAUGUCAACCGACCCACCAGAAAGGUCGACUGACGAGGCGUACGCAUCGCCGUCGUCCAUCGCGGCGUCAAUAGCUACCGCAAAGCCCACGGCGAAAAGGAAGCGAGAGAACAGAUAUAAAAACGCAGCUCCCUCGGUCCUCUCGCGACGUCGGGCGCAGAACAGGGCUUCACAGAGAGCUUAUCGCGAACGGAAGGAUCAGCGCAUCAAGGAUCUUGAGCUGCUGCUGUCAGAACAGAAGGAGAAGAGUGAAUCGCUUGGACAGGCAUACGCAAAUCUACAUGCCGAGUACAGUAAGCUUCGAGCAAUGCAAAGCCGGCCUCGACAGCCUCACCCUCACCAGCAGAUUCCCAUGUACGGAACGCCAACCAUGGGUGGGAUGGCCUCUCAGUCAAAUAUGAGUUACAUGCCCGAAAGCAACUUUGUCUUCCAGACCAUGGCAGAUUUCUCUUUGUGAAAGAGAUAAGACAGGUGCAAGGGUAGAUAUGAAGUACGCCCGGCUCACUCAUGACACCGUACGCACCAGGAGCACUGACCAUCCUCGGCGUUAGCCUUUGGCAGGAAAGACGGCAGGCUGAAGCACGAGUCACGAUCUCGCUAUCGAGGAGUACAGAGCUUCGGCGUACCUGAGCAAGAAUUUGGUAGGACGCACCGCAUGGAGCAGGCAUACAGCAGGGGUAUGAGCUCGACGGACGACGACGACGACGACUAUCCUCUGGGCUCGGCCAAGACGUAGGCGAUUUGGAGUUUGGCGAAUGACGUAUGGACGCACACUUAUGGGUUUGAACUGGGUUUAUUUUUGGGAAAGGGUGCAGGUUGUGUGAUAUCCUGCUUUGUUUUUUUUGUUUGGGAUCAAAAGGAGUUAAACGUCUGAUGGGGACAGACGGAAGGAGGCUGGCUAUCUGGGCUGUUGUGAGGCACACCACGACAUGGAAGUAAUAUCCUGUUGAGCGGCAAACCGAGAAAUUGCAAACAACGCCGUGAAAAGC